CCAAUCAGCACGCUGCUCUAGUGGCUCACCAGCGUAGAUAUAUGUCAACUGCAGUAGAUAUGCUGUGCUGAUGUUCUACUAUAAAUUGGCAAGCCUCCUGCCGCUUCCCUCACUCUCCGCUCAAACAUUCACCGGUGGAACAUCCGCUGCCUUUGCGGGUUGAAGGCUCCAACACACAGCUGGCUCUGUCGUGUUGUUUAUUUUAUUUUUGCCUUUUUUUCACAUUUUCAACGCAAGGAAGCCGUGCCUUCAGUUUUUUGCAUUUUUGAGAUCAGAAGAUAUCUAUAUUUUCAAACAAGUCGAUUUGUAUUGCCAUUGAUUGCCAUUGAGCAGUGCAAAGCUGAUUCAUUUUGAUUCUUAAUUAAAGAGGACAGAAAAAAUACAUAGCAAGAUGCCAGCAUUCAUCUCAUCUAUUUUUGCCUUCACAGCCAAGAUGCAGGAACACCACCCAGCCCCCCAGCGCAAGCCCCUUAACCGCAGCACCAGCAGCACCGACAUGUACAUGUAUGAGAAGAACGAGGGCAGUAUAUCGGACUCUGCGGCUGAGCAGGGAAGCAUGGAGGGGAAGAAGAGACGUGGUAGCAUCGCCAAGGUUGCCUCUCUAGUCGGUCUCUCCAAGAAGAGCAAUAGCACCUCCAAUUUGGCUGGUAAGAAGCCCCGUGCAAGCAUCCAGCGUAGUGAGGAAGUGUUGCCUAUGGAGAUGAGAGAUCGGUUGCAGAAGCAGGCUAGUCGAGAGAGCAACGAUGGUAGCAUCUGCAGUUUUGGCAGUGAUAGCUCUAGUAGUUUCAUGCUCCCAGCCAACUUCCGUUUUGGCGGGGAGAGCCAGUUCAACGACUUCCUGGACGGACUUGGGCCCUCUCAGUUGGUGGGCCGCCAAGCCCUUGGGUCGCCCUGGAUGGGAGACAUCCAGCUGAGUCUGGAGGACAAACGGGGUAACCUGGAAGUAGAGGUCAUCAGGGCGAGGAGUCUGGUAGCAAAACCAGGGGUCAAAGUUCCCCCAGCUCCCUAUGUAAAGGUGUAUCUGAUGGAUGGAAAGCACUGCGCGGCCAAGCUGAAAACAAAGAUCGCCCGCAAGACGCUUGAUCCGCUUUACCAACAGACACUCAAGUUCAUAGAAGAGGACUACAGCAACAAGGUAUUGCAGAUCACCGUGUGGGGGGACUACGGCCGGCUGGAGCGCAAGAUCUUCAUGGGGGUCGCGCAGAUCCUGCUUUCCGAGCUCGAUCUCUCACACCCUGUCAUGGGGUGGUACAAGCUCUUCAACACCUCGUCUGUCGCGGACAUCCACCAGCGGGGCUCCAUCUCUUCCCUGGAGGGGUCCAUGGUCUCGCUGACUAGCGCAAAAUGAGUUCCCCUCUAAAAGCCUUUAGUCGUUCAAUGUAUCAAAUCUUAAUCACUUGAGAGGGGAUGCUUCUGCAUUUAGCCACAGAGGUUGGCUGGCCACAGAUGCCUGUUAUUGGUUCCUAUGGAAGUUUGAAGAUCAUCAGGGUCAGUCGUAGAGCACAAUGUCACUGUGGACGUGAUUUAGACUUCCAGAUGCCAGGGAAAAGUCCCCAAGCUCUUAUAUUCCCUCAGUAACUGAAGGUUAGGGUCUAUUGGCACUUUUGAAAGGUACAUGUAUUCAUCUUUCAUUUUGUCUCUGGUAUCUGCGUUAGGUCGAGUCAGCAUCUUCUUAAGCGAACCAUAUUUGGUCGUACAGAACUCCAGGUUGCCAUGAGGCUUAAUGAGCUGAUAAAUUAGGAUAAGGUUUGUAGAUGAUUCCGAAGACGAGGGUUCAAAUCAAGUGCAAAUUUUUCCAUUUUUACCCGAUUUAUUCUAAUGUUGGUGGUGAUAGCAAGCCUUAUUGGGUCACGCAAACAUUCUGAUUCAUGCUUCCAUAAGCAGUGGAAUAUCUAAAGCCAGAAGAAGAAUUGUCAUAUUGAAAAGCCCACUGGGUAUCGUUUUUCAUUAAAUUUUUUCAAUCAGAAACUGAGAGAUCGAUCAAGCUAAUAUUGCCCAGAGUUCUCACAAGUCAAUGGCACUUUAAAAAAAAACGAAUUGAGAUUGAGUGUAUGAUUAUGAGAAUAGCCCAGGUCCAUCUCUUUUAAGUAUGAGAAAUUAUUUCUUAUACAUGAUUCCAUCUUGUGUAUAGUUUUUAUCCUGGAAUUCUAUCCAGGCGUGCCUGGAAUAUAUGAGAAACUGAACAAGAUCCUAAUGGCCCAAAUCAUUGUUUUUCCUUGAAAUUUACUUAAAAAAGUAUCGUGGAUUUGGAUUAUUCUCAUAGUUGUACACUCGAAUCCAUCCAAGUGCCCACAAAGUAAAAAUCAACUUAGACCAGACAACAAUAUGCAGCAAUGUCAGACUUCACUAGUUGUAAUCAUUUACAACCACUAUUGAAUACUUGCCUCUUUUGAUUAAAAUUGACAUUUUAAACUUUUCAACAAGUCUAAAUGUGUUGUCUGAUAAGACAUUUAAGUCUUGACUUUGAUGACAAAAAAAAAACAGUUCAACAAUGCAAAUUUCAAGAAUAUUGAUGUGAUGAAAAUUAUCCCUGAAACAAAAAUAUUGUCUACAAAGAGUAAGAGUGUCUUUAUAUGUAGAAUUUUGUUUACCAAAAAAAUGUCUACUUCAUCAUUAAAUGAUUGGGGAAUAUUGCUGAAGUAUUUCUAUUCAUGUUUGCAUAGCACUGACUGAAAAAUAACCUGUGAGUUACAGCCUUCUGGUUCUCCCUUGCACUUAAGAAGCCAUUAUGUGUUAUUCCACAAGGUGCUAAGUCCACUAUGACCACUUUGAAUAAAAAGAGACAUUCAACCCAGUUCUUAUCUAUGCACCUCACAUAAUAAUAAUAAUAAUAGCAGGGCCCGCUGGGAAAACAGUUUUCGGAACUGGAGUGGCUACCCUGGGUAAAUAUACCGUUAAUAUUAUUAUUAUUAUUAUUACAUGUAAUUAGAAUGUGCUUACGGCUUACUUGAUCAUUCCCUUUGUCAUUUUCUGAAAAUUGGCAAUAGUUUUCAUACCCUAGAGAAUUACAUUUGAUUGAUAGUAUUAGUGGAAUAAACAAAAAUUGGUUUGGAAGUUGGAGAUUGUCCUAACCAACUACUGUCAUUUUUUAAUGACAUUAUACUGUGUUUGAGAAACGCACACCUUUAUCUUGAAAAGAAAAAAGAAGAAUUGACAAGAUCAAAAUAUCAAGCCUUCUUUUCCCGAGUAAAAGAGGAAAAGAAAAAACAAUUGUGCCUAUGGUGUGGUAAUAGGAGGAUGUGGGAGAUGAUUUAUGGGAAUUGUAGUAGUCUGUUGAAGUUUAUAAGGAUGGAAAAUGAAGAUACUGUAAUCUCCAUUAAUUAUACGAAAUGUUUGUUAAAUCUUAGUAAGAACUUCCAUGUAACUUGGGAUAGAGAUAUGCUUAGACUGCAAAUACCAAUGGACUUUGUUUAUUUCAUAGCCGAUUUCAUUCUUUCAAGCGAUCGGUUAUUCCAUGAAUGUGGGCAAAAUAUCUACAUUGACUUUGUCUCUUUAGUGGAAAUUGUGUUGUUGUUUUUUUCUCCGUGGAAGAAAUUCUUUUAAAAACCUUAAAACAGCAGAAAGGGAGCGAAACAUCCCAUCAUGUUGCGUAAGAACAUAGGUUAUUUGAAACUCACAUUGAUUUGUUUUUUUCUUAAUUUGUGCUAGGCAUGUGUGCUAUGAAUAUUACAUGUAUUAUUGUCUAUGUAGGGUAUAGUAGAUUACAUUUUAGCUUGUGAAUUUCUUGUACAACUUCAUUCAUAUAUUCCCUUCAUUAUCUGAUUGGAAAUAAGAGAAAACAAGAAAAAAAAUGAGAUAAAAUAGAACUCGAAUGCCUACAUAGGGUAUUUUUCUAAUGUUGGUAUAUGCAAGUACUUUAACCAUACACUUCAUUUAUAGGUUUGUAAACUCUGUUUUGAUUGGUGGGCUUAUGAAAGACUGAGUAUUUUAAACCAAUUACAGAAGCUGAUAUAUAGGGUGGGUGCUGGGAACCCAUGAGUGUUAUGAAAGCCUAUGGAGUAAGAAGUUAGACAGAGAAACAGCUGCAGGUGAGACUAGAUUUAUAUAACUUUUUGAUAUUUUGUUAUAUGAAUGGUUGGAUUUUGUUCUGGAACAUUCAUACAUUUUAUGGAAAUAUAAAAAGAAUUAAAAAGUAGACAGUUUAUUGGUCUCGUAGUGAUAGUUCUGAGAUGUGUUGUUGUGGCCUCCAUUGAAUGGCUUCGAAAUAUCCGUGGAAACCUCUUAGAAUACAAGUUCAAGCAGCCUAGAUAUGAAAAAGUUCAUGCUUAGUCUGUGGUAGACGGUUAGGUAUAGAUUUUGACUGGUGUAAAUUGAGUAGACAUUUGUGUUAUGAUCUCCACAUACAUUUUUUGUCAUUUCAAAUGCAAUAACAUCAUGGGAAAAAUAUAUGUGUACAUAUGAUAAUCAUUAUUGUGUAAAUAUAUAAUACACUUUGACAUAUGUGUAAAUCCUAAGCACUAACUUGCUUUAUAGUGCUACAAGUGAAUGUCUUGGUUUUAAGAGACGCAAGAAUCAUGAUUGUUUUCUGUAAAAUGCUCUUUUAUUGUUUAUUAUUUUGAUUAUGUGCUUUGGUGAUAUUUAACGAUGUUUAUUGUCAUAACUGCAGAUCAUUAUAUUUAUUGAUAUAGGGAGCUUGAAUGCUAUCGAAUCUUCAGCUUUAUUUGUGUACUGACUGAAAGGUGAGGUAUAUAGAUAUAUGAAUAUAUAUAUAUUCUCUGGAAAGAAUCUUGUAUAGAUGUUGUAUAUGUAGUGGAAAAAAAUGCCUAUUACCAAAGAGAAAACAAUGUUAAUACAAUGAACUCCGAAUCUCAUGCUCUUAUUGGCACAAAAUUGCAUUCCAUUCUAAAGUGUUAGGAAUUCUUAUUCCAUACGUUUCCAUUAUUUGUUUGUUAUUGUUUUGGUUAUCAGGUAGUCCAAAUGACAUUCCAAGAUUCCAUGAUUUGGGGGUGGGGUUCAAAUUCAUUCAAAUAAACAUUUAAAAGGGUAUUCUUGAAUUGAAGGCUUCAUAUUUCCUUGAUAAUAACAUGAAAUAUUAGUUAUACAAUGCAAGUGAAAUUCUUUCUCCUUAAUUGUCAUUUCCAAAAUACUUUUAAACAGAGGAUGAAUUUGAAGCUACUUCUCAUUUUCAAACGAUAAAUUGAACAUUUAACAUGGAAAUUUCCAAUAUUCUAAAGUAAGGAAGGCAUGAUAUUUGGUUAUCUCUUCAUAUAUUCUAUGAUUUGAAAUAAUUUUUCUUCAGAUUAUUACUCUGUCUUGGCCAACAUAAUGGUGAUAUUAAAUUCUCAUUUCAGGUAAUAUAUAUCAUUCUCUAAUUAUAUUCAUAGAUAUUAUUAAUGAUAUGGGGUAUAUGCUAUCAAAUGGUAUGGUAUGAGAGACAGAAUUAUAUGGCUGGGUAUGGAGAAAGUAGAGUUCCGGUGAAAUAUGAAACAUACUGUAAAAUGCAAACAUUUCUUUAUGUUAUUUAUGAAUGCAUGUUCAAUACACAUUAUAUUACUGUUAUAUAAUGUAAAUAGGAGAAAUACGCCAUAUAAUAUGAUAAAACAUAUAAUUAUUAAAGAUAUAUAUAUAUAUAUUAAGUAAUCUUUCAUGCUUAUUGUGUAUAUCUGUAUACUGCUCUUUUGGGAGAUAACAAACAUAGAUGUCUUUAUUGUAGUAUCAAUCAGCCUAUAGUGUAGAAUAUUUUAGUGGAAAUUGAUUUGUGUUACAAAUACAUCUGCAAACUUAGAGAUGUUCAUGUAUUUUAUUUCUUUCUUACUAGACCAUUUUACUGAUUAGAUUGAUUUUAUAGAUAUAGCUAAAAUCAAUUUUCACCACUUGCCCAAAUGUAUACAUGUAAUUUCUAAUUCUCUACCAGAUUGUACUGUUAUUUACAAGUAUUAUAUACCAAUAAUAUGCAAAUAUGUAAUGGACAUUUAUGGACUAUUUACUACUUUUUAACGAUUAUAUUCAGUGGAUUUACUUUACGAAUUGGAAACAAACGAAAAAAUUUUGUUGUCGACCUCUUAAGACAAAGAAAAAAAAUCCAUGAUACAAUCAAUAAAUAUGUUAUAUGAAUAUGAAUGUUGUUUAUGUAUUAUCUUGUAUUUAUAUGUAUCAGGUAAAAUGUACUUAUGUAUUUAUAUUCAUUAUGUACGGAAUGUGAAAUUAGAACAUAUUUAGUUUAAGCAUAAUCUAUACUUUUGGUUUAGAUGUUUUAUAUGUUCCAUCUCUGACAUUUGCAAAUUAUCAUUGUUUUUAACAGGGCAUCUUUCCUUGUGACUUAUGCCAAUCUUGUAAUAUUAAAAAAAAAUUAUGUAUCUUCCUUGAAAAAUUGUAUAUUUGAAAAACAAUAGCUAUAUCUUUUGCUGAGCUUUUGAUUUCUUACACCCUAUUACAAUAAUUAUAGUCACACAGUUUUUCAAGUGAAACAUUAAUAGUUAAAUAUUUUAAUUGCUUACAAAUUGGCUUCAACAUUGAGAUAAAAUCAGUAAUAAGAAGCAUGUCAAGCGGGAUGGGGACAAAUCUAUUUGAGGGAGGGGCAAACAAUAUGCUGUGAUAACUCUCCCCUCCCCCCCAUCAAAAGGAGAAAUAAAAAAAUAUUUAAAAAAGUUUUUUCUUCUUCUUUAUCAAUAUUAAACAUUAAUUAGUUAAACAUUAUUGGAAAAAUGUUAGUGCCCACAUUGUCAAACCCUCUUUGACCAGUUAUAGAAAGGAAAGACAUUCGUCAAUAUAAAAUAAAUGUGCCUAUUUGAUUGGCGGAAGGCUAAAAGAUUAUUUUGUAGUGAAAGAUGAAAUGAUGACGCACAAUAAUUUUGUUCAUUUUCCAUUAAAAAAAACACAUGAAAAGGUUGACCUCAGUACAAAUUUACUGCCAUUAAUUAUUGAUAUAUAUUUAUACUUCUUAAUCCUUGCCAGUGUAAAGAAACAUGCUCAUUUCAGGAAAUGCUAUUUGAUAAUGAAAAUAUUGGCGCCUUAGCACUCUAAAGAGUAGAUAUAUGAGCACUUUAUAAGUUGCAAUGAAAAUAUUUCUGCAUUUGAUAUUUCAAUCAAUAGUUUGAUGUGUUUGAUUUCUUUUUUUUUUCACUUCACUUGGUCAACAGAUAGAAGUAAAAAAUAUAAUUAGCUAAAGAUGAAAGGACAAAGCAUUAAUUGUAUUUAUCUUUACAUAUGGAAAUAUAUGGUUCGGAAUCAUAUGCAUUACCGGUAUUAAAGCAAAAACAAUUGUCCUAUUUACUUAAUGGGGAAAAGUUGCAAUAUAUGAAAAGAUCAGGAUUCUCCCUUUAUUGAAGAUGACAUGAUUCCCUGCAACCGACAUUCCCAUUUUGCCUAAUUAAUGUGCUAAUAAUUUUUUGUUUUUCCUUCUGAAAGUUAUGUAUUGAUGUAGAAUGGAAAAGCUAAUGAUACAGAAUUUUAAUUUGUGAUAUAUCAUAUGAAAAAUAUGUGGCUCUUUUUAGUUAAUUGUAGGCAGAGUAUUGACUUUACUUAAAACCUUUCUGUGGGACCAAAUCGUAUUGUCUGUUAAUAUUUGAGCAAUGUCUCACCUAAAUGUGAAACAUUGUUUUUGUUAUCAUAUAAAAGCAGUUGAGUAAGAAAAAAGCCGAUGAAUAGUCUCCGUGUAGUUGGUAUUUGUUUUUCAAUAGUUAUCUGAUGUAUUUGCGAUAUACUUGAUAUUUAGUCACAAGGUAUCAAAAACAUAACGAUUCUUAUGACUUUUUGUUUGGACGUGUAAUCUUAUAUUAUUAUCAUUAUCAUAUUGAUUUAUAUCUCUCUGCAUCUGAAAAUGAAUGAGCAUUUUAAUGGAGAAGAAACAUCUUCAUUAACAGUCUCAUUUAUGUACUCUCUGCACAUCCGACUUUGAUGUGUUUGAUUUAUGUAUUAUCAUAUUGUUUGCCAUUAUUUUCAAACGUUAUCCCGGUUUUCGUUCUUUAUCAUUAUGAUAUGGAUUAUUAAAAUGUUUCAAUCCCUAUAA